AUGGCUUUUUUCUUCCUUUCCUAUCAUACCCUAUUUCUUGCACUUAUGUUCUUUACCACAACCCAUAUCCUAGCUCAAUUGCCACUAACAAAUGGAACAAACUUUUCAUGCCCCGUGAAUUCAAUUCCUUCUUGUGACACAUACGUGGCAUACUUUGCACAGUCUCCAAAUUUUUUGACUCUAACAAGCAUAUCUGACAUAUUUGACACCAGCCCUCUAUCCAUUGCAAGAGCCAGUAACAUGAAAUCCGAAUAUGAAGAUCUUAUUCCAGGUCAACUCUUGUUAGUACCUGUAAAUUGUAGUUGCAAUGGAAACCUCUCAUUCGCCACUAUCUCACAUGAGAUCAGGCAAGGUGAUAGCUACUAUUCUCUUUCAACCACUUCAUAUGAGAAUCUCACCACUUGGGAAAAAGUGAAAGAUUUAAACCCUCAUCUAGACCCAUAUCAGUUGCAUGCAGGUAUCAAAAUAGUGAUCCCUUUGUUCUGCAAGUGCUCUUCAAGAUACCACUUGGAUAAAGGGAUAGAAUAUUUGAUUACCUAUGUUUGGCAGCAAAAUGAUAAUGUUACCCUUGUAGCUGCCAAGUUUGGGGCAUCCCCAGUGGACAUAAUAACUGAAAACAACAUCAGCCAGAACUUCAAUGUUGCAACCAACCUUCCAGUUUUUAUCCCAGUGACACAGCUACCAGCUCUUUCUCAAAUUUAUUCACCACAUGAAAGAAAGGGAAGCAAUCAUCUAUCUAUUGUGAUCAUUUCCAUUGGUGUUAGCAUUGUUUUGUUUACUCUUUUAUUACUGGUUUAUGUAUAUUGUUUGAGGAAAAAGAAGACUAGUAGUGAGAAUAGGAGCGGGCCUUCUGUGGAGACUGCAGAUAAGCUAAUUUCUGGAGUUUCAUGCUAUGUAAGCAAACCAACCAUGUAUGAAGUUGGUGUGAUUAUGGAAGCUACCAUGAACCUCAAUGAACAAUGCAGGAUUGGGGAAUCAAUGUACAUGGCCAAAAUGGAUGGUCAGGUUUUAGCAGUGAAAAAAGUGAAGGAAGAUGUCACAAAAGAGGUGAUGAUUUUACAAAAGGUAAAUCAUGCAAAUCUUGUUAAACUAACAGGAGUUUCUUUAGGUAAUGACGGGAAUUUCUUCCUUGUAUAUGAAUAUGCUGAAAAUGGAUCUCUUCAUAACUGGUUGUUCUCCAAGUCUUCCAAUGUUUCAAGCUCAAUGGGCUUCCUCAAUUGGAGUCAAAGGAUAAGCAUAGCAAUUGAUGUUGCCAUGGGUCUUCAAUACUUGCAUGAACACAUUCAACCAUGUAUAGUUCACAUGGACAUCACAACAAGUAACAUCCUUCUUGACUCCAACUUUAAGGCCAAGAUAGCAAAUUUUUCCGCGGCAAGAACAUCAACAAAUCCUAUGAUAACAAAAUUAGAUGUCUUCGGUUAUGGAAUGGUUUUGUUGGAGUUACUGACAGGAAAAGAAUCCUUAGCAAACAAUGAAAAUGGUGAAUUGGCAAUGGUGUGGAGUAAGGUUAAAGGGAUCUUUGAUCAAGAAGUGAAGAGAGAGGAAAGGUUUAGAAAAUUGAUGGAUCCUAUGUUAGGGGAGUUUUAUUCUCUUGAUGAUGCUCUCAGCAUCGCUUUCUGGGCAGUGAAUUGCACAGCAGAGAAACCUUUGUCUAGACCAACAAUGGGAGAAGUUGUUCUUAGCCUUUCCCUUCUCACUCAGCACUCUCCUUCCACAUUGGAGAGAUCAUGGACUCAUGGGUUAGAAGUAGAAGUUACUCGAACGCUGCUUACUCCAGUCACUGCUCGUUGA